AAAAACAAGUGUGGUUUUCUUUUGUUUGUGUACGUGUGUUUGUUGUGGAUGUGAGCCCUGAGGCCAUGGAAGGAGGAGCCAUCUCGGCGGAUGCGGGCAAGGCGACCUAUGGCGCCGCGGAAAUGCACAAGAGUCCACUUCUUCAUCCACAGCCACAGCCCAUCGUCGGCGCCCGCAUGGCUGAUGCUGAUGAAGAGCCACGUGCGACUGAAAUAGUUCCUCAGAUCAUCACAGUCAAAGGUGGAGAGGAUGUAGCAAUGGAAGUCAUGUCGUAUGGCGGGAAUGGUUGGGCAGUUUUUAUCAUGUCUGCCGAUGGCACCGUAUGCAAUGUGACACUGCAUCAACCAGCUUCUCCGCAUGAAACAGUUAUUCAUGAGGGUUUUUUCGACAUCGUCUCUUUGUCCGGCUCAUAUCUGCCGUCAAAAGCUAAUGGAAUGAGCUCUGGAAAAGGUGUGUUCGCUAUUUCGCUCGUCGGUGCUGAUGGCCGCAUCUUCGGUGGUGGGUUAGCAGGACCUCUGAUUGCAGCAUCACCUGUUCAGGUGGUCAUUGGAAGGUUUGCAACUGAUGAAGAAGAGGAGAACAAACAGGAUGUGGCCAGUGGAACUCCAGGUGCUACUGAACCGAGUGAUUCUUCGAAUGGAUCCUCUAGUGAUCCAGGAAGCCCAUCAAACUAGAGCGCCCCUCACACAUCCAACACCAGCUUUUUACUUCCAAAUGCGAGACAGCUUAAAUUCUUAGCUUUUCGCUCCCUAGCUCCAGACGCUCAGUUUCUAUUGUUUCCAAAUGCUUUGCCUUUCACUCCUACCUGUUGAACUUUUCGGUCUAAAUUGGAUGGUGGAUGGCCCCUGGGUGUGGUCAAGUUAUAUGCUUUUGUAAUUGGAUGAUGAUUUGCUAUAAUACAGUCAUGAGAUGUUUCAUUGUCA